GUAGUACAAAAGAAUAGCAUAAAUAAAAAUAAAUUUAAACCUGUGAAGGAUGUAGAGACGUAGACGACACCGUGUUUUAUUGCAAUUUAUUCCAAUGAUUUUUGUAAAUUUGUGGUAAAGACCACUCACAGCUCACAGCAGAAGCAUUCGUUUAAAAAAAAUCCUUUAAUAAACAAUAACAUAUAAUCAUGCACACCUGCUGUUCGAUAUCUGUUGGUCUUUGUCUUCCUUUCAUUACAUUGUAUAUAGGGUAUAUUUUUUUGACACGUUCCCAAAGUUUUUUUGAAUGCGUACCAGAUAUUUUUGAAUUCGUCCCACAAUCUGUUGAAUGUGUCCCUGAUAUAAUUACGGGACGAAUUAAAAAAAAUAUGAGACGAAUUCAAAACUUUCUGAGACGAUACCAAUAUCCUUAGGACUCUUCGAGACUCUUUUAUUGUAAAAAUUAUCGAGUUGCUAGGCUCACUGUUUGACAAGGCGUUCAGAAUCUCGAUAAUUUGGGUUCCUUCUCAUUGCGGAAUUUCCAGGCAUUGAGAAGGUAGACUAACUGGCCAAAACAGGCGUCAGAGAGGGCGCAUUUUACGAUCGGCCCAUCUCAUCCCAAGAGUUCCUUCGUUCCCCACAACAACUUUUCCUGUCUCGCUGGCAGAGCUUGUGGGAAUCGGACGAACCCGGUCGAAUCAUUUCGCUCUGGAUGCACAUCUACAGCGUAUUAAUCUGGCUCAGACGAAAGCCAAACCGUUGAGGAAACAGUCACUUCCGAAGACAACACCCUGAGCCGCAAAAGGAAGGCAGACCGGGAUUUUGUGUUGUCCAGAAAAUUCUAACUAUUGUUUGUUCUGUUACAGCCCCGUUCAGUUCCCAACAGCUAAUGACAAGAUUAGCUCACACCAUCAAGUGUGUAGACCAGAGAUCAUGGAAAGACAAUAUCAUAGCCGUGAACUUCCAAACACCACCAAAACCAAGCAAUAGCCACGUCAUAGACACUAAAUAUCACAAAGGACAAUAUAUUAGAUUAGAACCUCGAUUUAUCAACUCCAGGUGAUCACAGUCUGUGAUCUUUAAAUGAGUCAGUUAAGAGUAAGAUGACUUAACCUUAUGAUCUUGUUAUGUGACGAAAUCUGGAUUAGGUUUUAGAGACUUCAUGGUCAUAUAUGAAGGGGACGUGAUGAUGACCCUUUUCAUCAGAUUUCGAUCUAUCUCUACCAACCUUUAUGAUUAGCUAAGUGCAGUGAUUUGGAAAAAAGUUGAGGUUAUGUUCAUACUGACGAACGUACAUACACCAGAAGAGGACAAAACUUAAAUCCCUAUUUAGUUUGCGGAAAUAACUCGGCAUAUACAUUGCAAUAAUACCCAUGCUAUAAGAUGGGAUUACUUUAGAAACCGUUGCAUCUGGUGACCCAAUAUUUUGGAAGAUUAGCUCAGCUCAGAACACAUGUCUGCAGAGAUCGAAACGUUAUCCAUCCACCCACAAACUAAAACCAGAAUUUAAGCACCCUUCCCAGUUGGUAAAAGGAAGGAAAGAGCCAAACAUAAACGGGUUUCCCACCAACGUAAGAUGGUGACUUGAUGAUAACUUGAGUCACUGCGUCUGGAUAUUGCUGCCCGAUUGUUUCCCGGUUAGAAGAAUUCGAAUAUAAGUAAUAAAUCUAACGGAUAUCUAAUGGAGGAUACAUCAAUUUACCACCCUUAGCGAUUGUACCUUAACCAUCUCGGUCCAACAAAAAAAUAAAAAGAAAAACACCUGAUUAGCGCGUUCUUGCAUCUGACCGGUUCGUGAAUGGGGUAUCUUUAGGUCAAUGGGUGUCUCCAAGCUUUAGUGCUUUGCCCCGUUUAUUGGAGCCCUACAUUUCAUUUCGACCACCCACUUCCCUUGCAUUCAACUUUUGGAGAAAAAAAGGCUACACUAGCAAAACAAAAUAGAAACUUAGCUUUCUACCAAGAGAGUUCGAGCUGGUGAUUGGCACACAGCAUGUUGGAUCUCCUCACCUUUCCUCCACCCGCCGGGGCACAAAAUAAAAAGCCUAAAGCAAAGAUUAACACAAGGACUAUAUAUUCGCCGGGAAAAAGGUUCUCCAGAGUUGCAGCACUCGAAGUCCCGAACGUCCCGAAGCUUAAGAAGCCGUAACAUCUUAUACGAAAAAAAAGAAAACCCCAAUUCCCUUCAUGCCAAAUAACCGUUACGCGGGAUCUGUUCGAAAGAGAAUCGAAAAAACAGAAUCCAACCCGGGUGGAGGCAAGAUUCCUGCAGACAAGUGAAAGAAGACCAAACAACGAAAGCAACCGAGGGAACAAUAGGGUUUUUUUUGUUGGGAAGGGGUAUAGAUGGCAUCCACAAGCACGAAGAAAGGCAAACCUGUUUCGAAAAUUCAGUUCAGCCACCACUUUCUUCGUGCUGUGUGUUUUCUCGGGACAUCGGGACAACUUCAGCGAACGAUAUCGAACAACAAGAACAAAAAAAAGGUAUAAAUGAUAGUGGAAAAGUGAUUUCGAGCGUCAGAAUAUCGAGAAACCGCAAGACAACCGGUAAGAUCGCCGAUCGUGCUUUAAGGUCCGGGGCGCGCAAAACAAGACCAAGACAGAGUGUGGUUUUAGGUUCGAAGGUUCGCAUAUACGGGUGGGGAGUUAGUAGGUCAUUAUAGAUUUGUGUGCCUGGUGUGAAGUAGCUUCCGGACAACGUUGACGUAGGUGUGAUUGUUCCGUUUGAUUGAGUGUACAAGUUGCGUGAAGCGUUCUGUAGUUGUUUGUCCAGGUCUAUAUAUACGUGACCGAGGUUAAUAGAAUCUGGGGGGUUUUUUUGCUGUAAGUGCGCACGUGGCAUUUAAAAUGAAACGUUCAACAGUUGCGACAGUGUCUGCAAUCCUUCUGGUGCUGCUGAUGGUGGUGGUAGACCGGGUCGCAGCGGAAGCCGAUCCAGAAACGCAGGGACAAACGGUUAGCGUACCACCUUCGACACCGAGUCCCACCGAACCCCUUCCUUUCGAUGAACCCACAGUGGAGCGGUUCUUCACCGCCGUCAAGAGUCAGCUGCGAUGCGGAUAUCCUAUGUUUGGCGUACCUUCCCUGGUACCCUUGAAGAUAAGCUACACCCUCAAGACGUCGUUCGAUCUGCUUUCGCUAAAGAAGAUCAGCGUGGUAGCGUCCAACAUUAGCGUCCACGGCCUGAAUGAGUUUAGCUGGGAUCCGUCCCGCACAAGGUUUACACGUACGUCCGCCACCGUACCACUUUCCUUCCCGAAUGUGACCGCAUUUGCUCAAACCUCAAUCAACGGUGUCAACGGGACGUCCUUCCUAGAGCUGCGCAACAUUACCGUCCGGUUGGACGCACAGUACGAGGAGAAGGACGAUCUGCUGUACGUGACCGAUCUGGGCGGUUCGAUACUACUCGAAGAUGCGAAGGUGAAGAUUGCUUCACUCUUCCCGAAGAGUGCGAAGCUGAGCAAGAUCUGGAACAAAGCGAUCGGCAAAUCGUUGCCCAUAUUGGUGGAGCUGUUCAAUGGCGGUAAGCUGAAGAUCGAGUAUCUUAGCCGGUUGCUUAGCGGUGCCAAGUUUUACGCGAUGAACACGAUCAACAAUGCGCUCAACUCGCACAGCCUCAACUUUGAUCGGUUGAUCGAGAGCAUGGUAAAGUUCGCCGACGGUACGUCGGAUUCGCUUCAGUGUGACGGUACCGCACCGAUGGCCGGUGACGAACUUAUCGGAUGGUUACGGGCAUAAAACAAAACGAGAGAGAGAGAGUGAGACAAACACAACACUUUUCUCCGCACGUGGAACCACUUAGCAAGCUAAGAACUUUAUAAUAAAGCAUUUACAGUUAACAAUCCCGGCGACGUCGGACACAUCGAAUCUUCAAUCUAAAACAAUCAAACUUGUGCGUGACAGCACACUUUAGUUGCCAUCUUUCAACCUUCUUGCGCACACACACACGUACGAUUGCAGAACGGAGAAUGCGCGAACGAGAAAAAGUAUGCAAGUAACGCAUAACAGCUUUAAAACUGUCACAAAAGCACGUCAAAACAGGGGGCAUGAAUAGUGUACUUGUCAAAUGAGUAGAAAAGAAUCUAAUUUUUCGUCACGAUUUAGGGUUCAAAUCUUAUGCCGGAGCGCGACAAUUUUUUUUUCACUUUUCAUUCUUUUUUUCUACAUGUAGCAUGUGUUUGUUUUUCACAAAUUGUAAUUAUUUUGCACGUUUUGUCACUUUAUCUGCAAUUUUACACUUCCUCAGAGCACUGUUUACAUACUUUACUGACUUUAGUGCACUAUAAAACAAUUUUCACUGUUCACGGUUGAUUGUUUUGGUUCGUUUUUCCUUCUGCUUUUCGGUCAUAUCGCUACUAUAGACGGUCCUUUCUUCUUUUGGACCGUCUGGCUAUAUUUAAUCACAAGCAAAAUCAAACCAUUCAUUGCACAACCGUGACAACACAAAGGACAGAGAAACUGUGUGUAGAAAACAAUCUCUUGCACCAUCCAUAAAUGAAGUGUUAUAAUUUCAAAGUUAGCCGGAAAAUAGGUUACUUUCCGCUGGCUGGUUGUGUCGCCCUCCAUCUCGGGUUCGUAUACAAAUCGAUCACAAUAGGGGAGUCUCGGUAGCGUGUUG